UCCUCUUCAUUUGCCGGUUCGUCCGCAGAACUUGGGAUUUUAUUUGCUUUUUUUCGUUUGUUUGCUCCGCCUCCUCCCAUUUCCUGCUGUCCUCGCUGCCUAUUCUCCCUCGCUCUCUCUCCGUCUUAGUUUGGUUGUUUACACUCAACUGAUGAAGCACUCCUCUUUUCUCCGAGGAAUUAUCGCCGUCUUUCUGCUGCCUUCCGGUUCUCCCUACUUAGCAGAGAAAUCCGAGGCGGGGGCUAGCAACUUUCUUCUUUGAUCCGCUCUCCCCAUGCUUCGCCGCCGUUCCGCGAUCGACUGAGCUGCGCAGAUGCGGAGAUCGAACCAAAGAUAUCCCUUUCAGGAGUUCUUUUAUUUUGACCCUCAGAUCUAUUAUGGUUGAAAGAUGCUACACAUUCAGCGGACCUAGCUGCACCAUUUUUGCCGGAAGAUUGUAAAGCCAAAGAAAGACGAAGGGGCGCCCAAGCCCAACAUUUCCAGCAAACAAUAUCAUUGGCACUAUGCCUUCAUGGUGGGGAAAAUCUUCUUCCAAAGAAGCAAAGAAGAAGACAGGCAAAGAUAAUAUAUUUGAAAAUUUUCAUUUUCGAAAAUUGAAGAUCUUAUCUGAAGAAAAAGGCAGUUUUCGAUCUAAAGCAGGAUUUAGAAGGCAGAGCAUUGACACAAUUUCAGAGAAGGGCUCUGCUUCCCGAGCAGAGUCUCGGUCAACAUCACCAUCUAACCAGGUUUCUCGUUGUCAAAGUUUUGCUGACAGGCUACAUUCUCAAGUACUACCACUCCCAGGUGUACAGCAUUCACAUACAGAUCUCAGAAAGCCAGCAGUUGGUGCUCACCAAUCAAAAUUGAGCAAGCAUGAAAAACCAUCAUCCUUUCUUCCUCUUCCUGCUCCUGAGAAGGCAUCAAGCAAGCCUGAUACCACUGAUGCUGAUUGUGGCUUGGGGACCGGAACUGCAUCUGUCUCUAGUGAGUGUUCAAUUGACAGUGAUGAUCCAACUGAACCACGCCAGAUUGUUGGAUAUGGUCAUCAUAGUCCUAAGGGCAAUGGACAUUCCAAUAAAUCUGUUGCUAGCAGCCGUUCCAGUGUUAUGCGUCCAGCUAGUUCUCCUAUUGUCGGUCAAAAGAAUUCAAGGCAGACUCUGAAACCUGCAAAUUUACCACAAUUCUCCCAGGUUUCUCAUACUUCAAAGAGAAGAGGACCUUUAAGUACCAUUGAACACCCACCAAGCUUGCAGAUUCCGCAGUAUCAUGCUUUUGGAAGUGGUCCUGAUAGCUCAAUGUCAAGCCCUUCUAGAAGUCCGUUGCAAGUUUUCAGUUCUGAGCAACAAAAUGGCUGCUUCUGGGCUCCAAAAGCAUACCCUGAAACUUUGCCCUUUGGAUCAGGUCAUUGCUCCAGUCCAGGUUCAGGUCAUAAUUCUGGGCAUAAUUCUGUUGGGGGAGAUUUGUCAGGGCAGCUAUUCUGGCAACCUAGUAGGGGCAGUCCAGAAUAUUCUCCAAUACCUAGCCCCAGAAUGGCAAGUCCAGGCCCUAGUUCUAGAAUACAUAGUGGUGCGGUCACACCAUUACAUCCACGAGCUGGUGGUGCAGGCCCAGAAUCACCAACUAGCUGGCAAGAUGAAGGAAAGCAGCAACAGUGUCACAAGUUACCUCUGCCUCCGUUGAUAAUAUCUAAUGCUAAUCCCUUUUGUUCAUCAAAUGCAUUGACAACCACAUCAUCCUCACUCCCACGUAGUCCUGGCAAGGCAGAAAAUCCCCCUAGUCCUGGCUUGCGUUGGAAGAAAGGAAAGCUUUUGGGCCGGGGCACAUUUGGACAUGUUUAUGUUGGAUUCAGCAAUGAGAGUGGUGACAUGUGUGCAAUGAAAGAGGUCACAUUGUUUGCAGAUGAUGCAAAGUCAAAAGAAUGUGCAAGACAACUGGGACAGGAAAUUGCUCUUCUAAGUCGGUUGCGACAUCAAAAUAUAGUACAGUACUAUGGAUCUGAAACUAUAGAUGAUAAAUUGUACAUAUACCUUGAAUAUGUUUCUGGUGGUUCCAUUCAUAAACUACUUCAAGAAUAUGGGGCAUUCAGUGAACCUGUUAUCCGCAGCUAUACUCAACAAAUUCUCUCUGGUCUGGCAUAUCUGCAUGCAAAAAAUACUGUCCACAGGGACAUAAAAGGUGCAAAUAUACUUGUUGACCCAAAUGGCCGUGUGAAACUCGCAGAUUUUGGGAUGGCAAAGCAUGUUACUGGUCAUUCACUGGCAUUGUCAUUCAAGGGGAGUCCAUAUUGGAUGGCACCUGAGGUUAUUAAAAACUCAAAUGGUUGCAAUCUUGCUGUGGAUAUAUGGAGCCUUGGAUGCACUGUAUUGGAGAUGGCCACAAGGAAGCCACCAUGGAGCCAGUAUGAAGGGGUUGCUGCACUAUUUAAAAUUGGGAACAGUAAGGAGCUUCCAGCAAUUCCUGACAGCCUAUCAGAUGAAGGAAAGCAUUUUGUGAAGCUAUGUUUGCAACGAAAUCCAUCAGACCGUCCUACAGCAGCUCAACUAUUGGAGCACCCUUUUGUUAAAAAUGCUGCACCACUAGCUAGGCCUGACCUUAGUGGCAAGCCUUGUGAACUGAAUAAUAAUGUUACAAGCAUAAUAAGGCAAGCGGGUGUUGGACAUGCAAGACAUCUUUCCUCACUUGAUAUGGAAGCCAUGGCAAUCCAGAAGGAUAGAGUGGUAAAAUCCUUUCAGUUGUCCAGUGAUAAUCAUAUGCCACCAUUCAUGUCCUUGCCUGUCUCCCCGACUGGAAGUCCUCACCUUCACUCCAGGUCCCCACACCAUGUCAGUGGAAGGAUGUCCCCAGCAUCUAUCUCAAGUCCACUCACUAUGUCUGGCUCAUCUACACCGCUUACUGGUGGCAAUGGAGCAAUCCCAUUUCAUCUGAAGUAUUCUUCCAUCCAUAGUGAAAGUUAUGGUGGUAUUAGGUCACCAGUUGGCCUCUACCUGAAUUCUUCCACUAUUGGAACUUAUCACGACUUGAAACCUGAUUUUUUCUUUGGAGCACAAGAAUGCCCUUCUGUUUUACAGGAAAAAAGGGCCACCGAAAACAACAUUCGUGGAAAGGCAUUUUCGAGGCCAACUUAUGGAGAAAAUCAACUGCAAUAUGGUGGACGAGUAGCACUGGGUGAGCAUGUAUCACAGCUUUUGAGAAAUCCCGCAAAUACAAACUUGUCACCAGAUGUAAGACCAAGCUCUCCUAUGCUUGGUCAUCCACGUCAGUUUGUCAAAUCUUAAAGAAAGGAUGCCGCAGGAACACGAGGGAAUCGGGACUCUGUUGGCUGUAGACAUGUUGGUCAAUUCUGUGGGGAUGGUUAGCUAUGGUGCCGUGAGUUACACCAGACCAAUUUGUACAACUACCCCACAAAUGUGUGAAAUGUCAAUAAGGUUGAGCUAUGGGCUGUUAGAUUGGGAGGCUGAUCUUCUUCUCUUUCCAUGCUGGCACUUGUGUGAAUGGGGGCGACCAAGCGUUAAACUUUGCUGACAACCUUAUUGGACAUUGAAAAUUUUACAGAACGUGAAUGUUUCCCUGGCAGUUGAAUCCUCCUCUGCUAGUGGAUAAAGGAUCAACUGCCAACCCUUCACAUUCAGCUUUUUAUUGUUUUUCUUUUGAAUCACCUGAAUGAUUGUACAAGUUGGAGAAAAUGUAAAUUCUAGGUCAACACCAGAAAGUGUAAAAGUCAGGAUUCAACAGAGGACAGUCACGGCAUUUCUGAGUCUCUGCCUGUACUAAAUCCAUGUAGUUCAUUCAGUUCUAGCUCAAGUAGAAUAUUGUAGUCAUUGAUGUUGUAAACUUACCUGAUGUGCUAAGGAAAAUUUAUGUUUACCUUCUGGCUC